AUGUAUGUUGAUGAUCUUGUUACAGGAGCAGAUGAUGUAUCAGAAGCCUUAAAAACUUCAAGGGAAGCAAAGGAAAUUAUGCGUGGAGCUGGGAUGAAUCUACACAAAUGGGUGACGAAUGAUAGUCAUUUAGCUAAAAUAUGGGAAGAAGAAAAUUUUGACAUUCAUCCGCUAAGCUCAAAGGACAUACUAAAGGUAUUAGGAAUUCAAUGGAACAUUCAGGAAGAUAGUUUGAGUAUAGAGACUUCUUGUUUGACGAAAAUUUCGAGGAGAAAGAAAAGUACCAAACGCUUCAUCCUCCAAACAGCUGGAAAAAUAUAUGAUCCUCUUGGACUCAUCACACCAUUCACUGUUAGAAUAAAACUUUUACUACAAAAGCUAUGGUUACGUAAAUUACCAUGGGAUGAAGAGCUUCCUUCUGAUUUGAACGACGAGUGGUCUCAGUGGUGUAGCGAGCUUUCAGAACUUAGUAACAUUAGUGUUCCAAGAUUUGCUUUGGAUUCAUGUGAUGAAAAUAUAGAGAUCCAUGUUUUUUCUGACGCAAGUCAAAAGUUGUAUGGUGCAGCCGUUUACGUAAAGGUACAGAAUCAAGAAAAAAUUUCUGUGAAUUUGCUGGCUUCCAAGAGCAGAGUUUCACCUGUCAAAAAAGUUUCCUUGCCUCGACUUGAAUUGCUGGGUGCACUGAUUGCUGCAAGAUUGGGAACGGAAGUUAAAAAAGUUCUAGAUCGUAAAGGUUCAUCUAAUAUCUUUUUUUGGAGUGAUUCUAAAGUUACACUGUAUUGGAUCAAAGGAUCAAGCAGGAGAUGGAAGUCUUUCGUUCAAAAUCGCGUCGACGAGAUUCAGAAGUUGACUAAUCCAGAUUCAUGGUUUUAUUGUUCAACCAAAGACAAUCCAGCCGAUCUUCUAACGCGUGGAGUUAGUGCCUCUUCUCUAGUGAACAAUUCUAAGUGGUGGACUUGUGCAGAAUUUUUUACAGAGCCGCAUCUUCCCUACAAGUGCUUACAACCAAUAGUUCCAGAGGUUGAGAACCUAACACCAAAUGAAAGGGAGUCCUUUGUGCAAGAAAGCAAAAGUUCUAGUGACAUUAAUGACAUUUCUGAGAGAACUAUGUUUAUUUGUAAUUGCAGGAAAGGUGAAUCAAGAAAGGUAGGCCCUCUUCAACUAGAGGAGUCCAAUGCUGAAAUUAAUAUUUCAUCAUCAUCUAGGGACCUUUUUGAAAAUUUUCACAUGAGUAUUUACAAUGCUAACAAAUUUUUCCAAAUAUGUCUCUAA